UGGAUGAUUACCCAUUCGAUAGAUCACCUUGGAAAUUGAUUAUCAAGGCAGUGGGUAUGCCUGGACACGGGUCCAGGAUGUUUGAUAACAGUGCUAUGGAGCAUUUGAUGAGACAUGAGAGGGGAAAGUUUGAUUUGUUUUAAAGCUCGAUUGGCCAUGAAUUAGGAAGUUGUAUUGAUGAUCUUGUGUAUUUGAAAGCUGGGUUAUCUAAUGAAUAUGCAACCUUCAGAAACUGAAGCAGGUUUUGAUAUUUGGAUUCCACAUAUGGUAGACCCAGAGCUGUUGAUAAAGAGAAUCGUUGAUGAAUGGGAGCCACACUAUAGGAGCAUAUGAGGUGAGAUUCUCCUGACUAAAAGGGAUGGAGAUACUCUCAUAGUGGAAGCUACUUCCAAAGCAUCGUCUUCCACUGGAUGCACAAUCUCACAGUCCUGGGACCAGCGGAUAUGGUGCAACUGUUGCUCCUGUAAACCAACAACCUAGUGCUUUUGAUGAAUUUGACCCUCGCAGUUUCGCUCCAGCUACCGCUCCUCCCGCAAGUAACGGAGAAAUGGAUCUACUUGGGUCCUUCUCGGAUGCUCUGGCUAUCCUCAACUUCUAUGACCACAACAUCUGAAGCUAGAAUUCCCUUUGAUUCUGCUCCAGGGUCUACAUUCACAGCACUAUCAUCAGCAUCUAUUGUGCUGAGCCAGCAUAUUGAAGACCCAUUCGGUGAGACUCCCUUCAAGGCUAUACCUUCCGCAGAAAAUAACCAACCACCGCAAGAUUUUUCUUCCACCACCAAUGCAGUGGCCCAAAGUUCUGAAACCUUCCAACCAGCCUCACCACAGAUCCAACUAACCCUGUCUGGCUUUGACUUCGGAGACACGUUUGAAAGCCUCAGUUUUGGUCCUUCUGAAUGUUUCCAAAUUUACUCUUACAAAAGCUGAGUUGCAAAAUGAUAAUGAUUUAGCAGACAUCCUCCCACCUUUAGCUUUACCUGCUCCAACAGGACCACUUUCACAGGCAAGUGGUCCUGAGAACAACUUCCCUGCACAUUCAGGAUAUGAAGCUGUGAGGUCACAGGAAUCCUUUAAUACUGCACAAAACCCAUGUGGAGGGCGACAGGGAUCUUUUGGUGCUCUAGGUGGCCCUUCACAACCAAAUGUUGCUGGACACUUCCCUCCGCAGUCAGUAUGGAGAGCUCCAGUUGCCUCACUCGGAGGUUUUAAUGCUCCAAGUGGACCACAUAUCCAGCCAGGUGUUUCUGGGAACAAUUUUCCUGCACGAUCCGUAUGGUGCACCAGUAUCCUCACAGACUGGUUUUAAUGGUCCAAGUAGAUCAGUCCCCCAACAAAACAAUAAUGCGAUAGGGAAUUAUUACUAGCAGACAGGACCUACAGUACCAGCAACUUCACUACCUGCCAAACCUCAACAAAAGGAUAGCAAAUUUGAGACUAAAUCAACAGUUUGGGCAGAUACACUUGGCCGAGGGCUUGUAAAAUUGAACAUAUCUGGACGUAAGUACUUCAACUGCAUAUUUUGGUUUGUGAUCGAAAAACAAGAUUUACCAAACCAAGGGCACGAACUGAAAGUCUGGCCUGUCACUGGCUUCUUUGCUUUUCUUUGUUUCAUUGUUUGGGUUCUGCGCUUAUGUGUUUGUGCCCUGCAGCUAAAAUCAAUCCUCUGUAUAAUAGAUAUGUGGUGCAUUCUUAUUACAUCAUUCACCACAAGCUAGCUACUAGCUAUAGCUACAAUAUCAGCUGAUGUUACCUCUAGAAGAGAUUUCUCCAUAAGGAAGUUGAGAGCAGUUUACCUCCAAAAUUUUGAAGAGUUCACCAUGCCCUUGACUGAAAAUUAUUGUCAAUAACUCUGAUGAGAUGACUCCAAAACCAAAUCUCAAACAGAAACCUCAUCCAGUGGAUCAUUUCACUUUCUUCCAAACAUAUGAGUGAAAGAGAGAAAUCAUAAGAAUCUCGUUCCUAAUUUGAGAAUCAUUUUAGGAUUCCAAAAUUUCACUUAUCCUUGUAGUGUGCUCGCGAAGAAAAUCAAAAGUUAAAACAGACAGAUGAGCGUAAUAGUUUAGUCCAAAAUUUCACUUAUCCAUAAUAGUUUAGUCCCACAUCAUGUAGAUUUUUAAUUUCUCUUGGUUUAUAUGUUGUAGACAUGCACUUCUAUCAUCGAGUGCAACCGUACAGGAUCUGUAGUUUGCACUUGUAGUCCCCAGCCUUGCGGGGAUGCCGUGCGCCAGUGUCAUUGUCGGGUUGCAAAAAAAAGUUGCGCUUGCCUUUUUUAAUUUUUUG